CAUUAGUUUCUUGUGUGUUUCUCCCUGUCAAUAAUCCUGAAUCCAGACUCUCUCUAUUUCCAUCCCUCUCUAUCUGUCAAUCAGCGCCGCCUUUGAACUGAAAACCACUCCGACCAACUUCAACUCACUCAAUCCGAGCGGCUCGGCUCCUUCUCCGGCUCCCUUUUUCUGCCAAGAUUCUCUUCUUUUUUAGUUUUGUACCGGCCGCCAGAGCUUUGGAAAACGCCGAUACAAGAACCCCCAAACUUAAAACUCGGACUUUUCUAGAUCCCCGAGAUCUAAGGGGUCUUAAAAAACUUCGUGGUUUUUUUUUUUGCCCGCACACCCCCCCCCACCACUAAAAAAUUUGUGCACGGGGAAAAAUGCCGCAGCUCAACGGCGGUGGAGGGGACGACCUGGGCGCAAACGAUGAAAUGAUUUCCUUCAAAGACGAAGGGGAGCAGGAAGAGAAAAUUUCGGAGAACUCCUCGGCAGAAAGGGAUUUAGCCGACGUCAAAUCUUCUCUUGUAAACGAGUCGGAAACGAAUCAAAACAGCUCGUCGGAUUCGGAGGCGGAAAGACGGCCUCUGCCUCGAUCUGAAACUUUCAGAGACAAAACAAGAGAAAGUUUAGAGGAGGCUGCGAAAAGGCAAGAUGGAGGGCUGUUCAAGAGCACACCGUACCCGGGAUAUCCAUUUAUAAUGAUCCCCGAUCUCACAAGCCCCUACCUUCCCAAUGGAUCACUUUCUCCAACAGCACGCACAUACCUACAGAUGAAAUGGCCCCUGCUAGAUGUUCAACAAGGAGGUCUUCAAAGUAGACAAGCACUUAAAGAUGCCAGGUCCCCGUCACCGGCACACAUCGUUGGGCCCUUCUGCUGGGAAUUCCCCGGACAGUCAGAUCUGAGCCUUCACCAAUUUCAUUUGUCUAAUAAGGUUCCAGUGGUACAGCACCCUCACCAUGUGCACCCUCUCACACCGCUGAUCACCUACAGCAAUGAGCACUUCACACCGGGGAACCCCCCACCUCACCUACAGACAGACGUGGAUCCCAAAACAGGCAUCCCGAGGACUCCACAUCCUCCAGAUAUAUCUCCUUAUUACCCGCUGUCAUCCGGCGCUGUCGGACAGAUCCCCCAUCCGUUAGGAUGGCUAGUACCACAGCAAGGUCAACCUGUUUAUCCCGGGGGUUUCAGACACCCCUACCCAACUGCGCUCACUGUCAACGCAUCCAUGUCAAGUCUUCUCUCCUCCAGGUUCCCCCCACACAUGGUGCCCCCUCACCACAGUUUGCACGCCACGGGCAUCCCCCACCCGGCCAUCGUCUCUGCCAACGUCAAGCAGGAGUCCUCCCACAGCGACAUCUCUCUCAACAGCUCGAAACAGUCGGACGCUAAAAAGGAAGAGGAGAAGAAGAAGCAGGUCCACAUAAAGAAGCCUCUGAACGCCUUCAUGCUCUAUAUGAAGGAGAUGCGGGCCAAGGUGGUGGCGGAGUGCACACUGAAGGAAAGUGCUGCCAUCAACCAGAUCCUGGGGCGGAGGUGGCACGCCCUAUCGCGGGAGGAGCAGGCCAAGUACUAUGAGCUCGCCAGGAAAGAGCGACAGCUCCACAUGCAGCUGUACCCGGGCUGGUCAGCGCGAGACAACUAUGCGGCGAACCAACAGGGGAAAAGGAAGAAGAGAAAAAGGGAAAAGCAGCAAGCAGAGAGCAAUGAACACAGAGAAUAUUUUCCAAACCCUUGCCUUUCACUCCCUCCGAUUACAGACCUGAGCGCUCCUAAGAAGUGUCGAGCGCGCUUUGGGCUCGAUCAACAGAAUAACUGGUGUGGCCCGUGCAGGAGAAAAAAAAAGUGCAUUCGCUACAUCCAAGGUGAAGGCAGCUGUGCCAGUCCUCCCUCUACGGACGGAAGCUUACUCGACUCCCCCCCCUCCUCCCCCUCCUCCGUGGCUCCCUCCCCCUCCUCAAAAGAGUCCCAACCUCAGACUGAACAGAUGCAACCUCUCUCACUGACUAUGAAACCGGCCCAGCAGCCACUCCACCACCCGCACCUCCUGGCUGGGCCCCCGCCGCCAUCUUUGGUUCACUCUGCUGCUGCAGCUCGGAAAACGCCCGCCGCCUCCUCCACCCACCACCACCACCACCACCACCACCACCCCCACCACCCCCCCCACAGAGGCCCGGGGCGCGGCGACAUCGUCUCGUCCUCGAUGGCCCGGCCCUCAGCGUCGCUGUGUCAUUCCCACUCGCUCCUCUCCUCCACGGGCCCUCAGCCUCUGUCGCUAGUGACCAAGUCUAUAGAAUAGUCGACCCUGUUCUUCUCCUCUUUUCUAUCUCUGCACUCAAACACACACAGAAACACACACACACCCACACACACACACACACACACACACUUCUAGGCUCUCUCUUCACUUGCUGUCGGUUCAUUUCUCUUUAUGUUUCUGUGCCAUGAGGCUUUGAAAUUUAGUUUUUUUUGUUUCGUUAAAGUUCAUUGGUCAAUAUUUGACCCAUCAUUAUAAAAAUUUAAAAAACCGAAUUAUUCUAAAGAUAUGAUACAAUGAGCUGUAGUAUAGCUUUGUGAAUCUGCCAACAUUUUUAUGAAUUUAGUUUUGACUCUUUUUGUUUUGCGUGGCGUUAAAACAGUGCAAACAGAAAAAUGAUCUAGUUCAACUUCAAAAUGUUUAAACGACGGAUAUAAAACGGUAGGCUAGGUUAUUCAACGAGCCCUUUUCUUGAAAGAGUUGGUUCUCCUUCUUUAUUUGUAUUAAAUACGAGCUUGCGAACCAAUCAUUUGACAUCUGUUCAAACUCUAGGAGGGCAUGAGGCGGGCGGCGACUCCUCUUCGAGGAACAACUUUAAUUGUGAUGUUACUUGUUCUUGUUUAAAUGUACAGAAUAUUGGGGAGGGGGGAUUACUGUGUUAAAUAUGCAUUCUUCCACUGCGUUGUCUUUUUUUCUUUGUUGUUUACCUUUGGGGCGGAGUCAGGCAAGUCGGGUGGGCGGGGUGGGAGGGUCGAGGGUUAUUAAAUUCAAAAUGUCACAACGCUAGGACCAGUAGUAUUUAUUGCUUUAGAGAUUGCUUGUUGUAUCUUGUACGUGUCUCUUUUUGACUUUUUUUUUUUCUUAAUACAUUGUACAAAUAUUUUUUCUUAAGGUAAGCGACUUAUAUAUGAAUGAUCCAUUUUUACAAGGAGGUUUUAAAAAGGCAAAUCUUUUGUUAUUGAUUUCUUUCCUCGCUGAAAACCUGGAUUCCACUCAGUGUGUAUUGUGUAGAUCUCAUGAACAGAAGUAUGCACAACUUCAUUUCAAGAAAUGCGUCUAUAAGCCAUUUUACAAAAAGAAGAAAAGAAAACUUGAAACGAGACAGUGGGUGCCGUGUCUUCAGUAGUUGGAAAAGUGUCUAACGCCCUUCUUUUUUAUUGCACAGUCACAUCUCUCAGACUGUAGAUUCGUGUACAGAUUUUCCGUGCCAAAUUUUGUGAUAAUUUUCUCUGCCCCUCUUUACCACGCUGUAGGGAUCCUCUCUUUUUUUUGGUCGUUAUUUUUUAUUUCGAUACCAUUCUUUGCUGUGACGUUACAUAGAUCGCUAUGUAUGUAGUAUAAAUGUUGCUAUAACAAAUGUGUUUGGUAGCAAAUUGUCAAAUAUAAAAAUUUAAACUUAAUAAAAAGGCGGACAUCAUACUGUAUAAACCCACAAGGGCCAAAUUAUGUAUAUUAGGAAGUUCAUAAAAAAACUAUUAAAUACAAAAAAAUACACAAACUGCCACUUUUAAGUACACUACUACAUAUAGGUAGAUAGAAAAAAUAGGCAUGUUGAUGUUGCAAGAGGCUGUAAAAAAAGCUACAAGAGAAUCAUCCACUCGGUGCCAUUGUAGUUGACAUGACGCGACUGUAAUCUGUCGAUUUCUUCUCUGGUUUAUUAAGAUGCUAAUGAUAAAUAGUUUGAAUGUUUCCUUAACGGCUGUGAUGUUCCUGUUCUAUUUUAUGCUCUUAUCUUUUUGUUUGUUUGUUUUUCCUGUUAUUUUAAAUGGUUCCAAAACCAUGUUUUUUUUGUAAUGAAUAAAUGUUUAUGCUGUACAGUCUCUGUAGCAUGCAGUUCUGUAUUAAUAAAAGCAACUUAGUAUGUGCA